AUGUCUCCCACCCCGCUUUCUCCCAACGUCGUGCACAUCCUUCUCCAGUACAUCGCUCCGCCCUCGGGCCUAUCUCAUCCCUUGCCACCGUAUCUCGUCUCCAGAGCUCUCCUCCAGAGACACAACUUUCUCCAUCUUACCCCAGAUUGCCCCCAGGAGUAUCUAUGUUGGCCUUCUUCCCCGGAGAACCAGGCCCUGGCCGUAGAUCACCUCGAGUCUCUUCCCCACCCCGUGCAUGAUGAUGAGUCUGUCACAUAUCCUGUCCAAUACACCUCCGACGGAGAAAGUACCUAUGCUCACGUCGACCUCACGUCGCCCAGCGAUGCUGUCGGCGCCAGGCUAGUCUUCCAGUGGGAUGAUACCGACGGUUGGAAAUAUCAUAACACACAUUUGAUGCCCUUCCCGCCCGGCAGUCGCCCAGCUCUGCACGACGUUUUGGUCCCCACGCCCCCGACCCAAGACGCGCUGCCUGCCUUGACACACCAAGUCACCAACCACCUCGAUCACAGCGUCGGCGCUCAAGGCCACGACGAUGACAGUGGAGAUGACGAUUAUUGGAACACGUACGGGUCACACGACCGUGAUAGUCCGUCGUCUCGAUUUGCCUCUUCUUCAUCAGACAAGGAUCAUGGGGGUUCUGAGGACGCAUAUUGGGCCCAAUAUGCCAACGUGCACGGGACUGCCGACUCUACUGAGCCUUCCCCUCUUCCUCAACCGCACCGUAAGCCGCACCUGGAACAUAACAGGCCGGACCUCGAUACCCACUCUCCGCAUCCUCUGCCUGUACCUGUCCGUUCGCAUGAUUCGCAUGAAGAUGCCCUUCCGAUACCUCCUCUCAUGUUUCCGCGACCAAGACACCACUCAAAAUAUGAGCCUGCAUCUCCCCACGCACUCGCUCACCUCCUCGAGUCCAUUCCGCCUCGCGAGAGCCCUUCACUAGGUUCUGGUGCAGCAGCCACGAUAGAAACCGAAUCAGCCAUUCUGUUCGGAUCCGACGUGCCCUCGCCGACCCUUGGAGGCAGCACCGGCAGCGACGAGUCGAACACACCGUCUUUGCCCGCUCUUCCGUCGGCGUUGAAACUGAAUGGUGUGUUCCACCGGCUGUCUUUCCUUUCUGAACAAGUGGACGCGAGCAGUAACGGGGAUGCCGCCCUGGAUGAAGAACAAGCGGAUCCGGAGGACGCACUGAGGGAUAGCGUUCAGGGUAUUUGGAAGCUCUGGAAAGCGGGACGGCAGGGACGGCUUGCUUCCACGUCUCCUGGGCCUGAAGGCGAUCGGGAGAUGUUUCUCAGAAUUGUUCGGGGUGUCGUUGAGAAUACUUAG